AUGGAUUACGGUUACUUUGAUCUUUUGAUAACAAAAUUUGAAAGAUGCAAUGGGCCGAAACGCUUGAACUGCGCCAAUUUUAGUGCUGAUAUUCAAGAUGGACGCACAAUCCUUUAUGACAUGAAUGUCACUGAAAAUGUGAAACCUUCUAAGGGCAAAAUUGUGGUGAUGGCGAACCAAAAACAACUUGUAAGACUCCAGAUGGAUCAUCCGUGUGAACAUCUCUUCCUGAAACCAAUUAUGUUUAUGAUUCUGAACGUAACACAGAAUUGUGUGAUUUCGAAAGGUCGCUAUACUAGCGUCGUAGAUAUAGAAAAAAUUGCCCAAGCAUACUAUGGAGGAAAGUUUUUUUACGGCACUAUAACCUUUAUUGCAACGUUUUACAACAACAAAUGCAAUCUCUCUUGUGCCAAAGUCAAAGUUAUCUUUAGUCCUAAAGAUAAAGCAACGGGUACAAGUAAAAAGUAA